AUGGCGUUUGCACUCCGACUAAUAUACUCCCAAUUUAUCGUCAAGGUGCCUAAGCCAACCACUUCUUUCCAAGGCAAGACCAUCAUAAUCACCGGUGGAAAUACAGGUCUAGGCUUCGAAGCAGCGAAGUACUACCCCAAACUCAAAGCAUCCCGGGUAAUUCUUGCUUGUCGCUCCCUCGAAAAAGCAGAUAAAGCCAAGCUCGAGCUGGAACAGACUUUCGCUAUCAGUGGAGAUAUCGUAGAAACAUGGCAGCUUGAUUUGUCUUCCUACGCAUCUGUCAUUGAGUUUUGUGAGAAGGCAAAGACUCUGCCGCGUUUGGAUGUCAUGCUCCUGAAUGCGGGUAUUUUGACCAAAGAAUAUCGCGUUGCGGAGGACAAUGAGUCGACUAUCACGGUUAAUGUUAUUUCGACUUUCUUAAUGGCAUUUUUAUUGAUGCCGAAAUUAAAAGAGACGGCAAAGUACUUUGGGACAACGCCACAUAUGACGGUAGUAUCCUCCGAUCUGCACUUCCUUAGUGAUUUCGCGGAAUGGAAAAGUGAUGAUAUAUUCGAAUCUUUAAAUGAUAAGGGAACAGCUCGUAUGAAUGAUAGGUACAACUUGUCAAAGCUCAUGGAGAUCCUCAUCGUUCGUCAUUUCGUAUCUCUACAUGGCACAGAUUACCCUGUUGUCUUCAACACCGUGCAUCCAGGUUGGUGUCAACCCAAUCUUGCAAAUGAAAUCGCCACAAUUUUUUUAAAGAAGGUGGAAAAUUGUAUGGGAAGAACAACUGAAGAAGGUGCGAGAAGUUUGGUAUUUGCAACUUCAUUUGGCAAAGAAUCUCAUGGAAAAUAUGUUGGUAAUGGGGGACUUUUAUCGGAAUCGAGUUUUGUAACAAGCAAAGACGGUGCUGCAGCUGGUGAGAAACUGUGGACUCAGUUGUCCAUCAAAUUGGAGAAGAUUCGCCCAAACGUUAGGCAAGGAUGCUAG